CCUACGUACUGUCAAGGCGGCACCCACAGCAACUUCCUUCCUCUCUGGGCAAGAUGGCGGGUGGCGAGGCCGGAGUGACUCUGGGGCAGCCGCACCUUUCUCGCCAGGAUCUCGCCACCUUGGAUGUUACAAAAUUAACACCACUUUCGCAUGAAGUUAUCAGCAGACAAGCCACAAUUAAUAUAGGUACAAUUGGUCAUGUAGCUCAUGGGAAGUCCACAGUUGUAAAAGCCAUUUCUGGUGUUCACACAGUCAGGUUCAAAAAUGAACUAGAAAGAAACAUUACAAUCAAGCUUGGAUAUGCUAAUGCUAAGAUUUAUAAACUUGAUGACCCAAGUUGUCCUCGGCCAGAAUGUUACAAGUCAUGUGGAAGUGGUACACCUGAUGAGUUUCCUACGGACAUUCCAGGGACUAAAGGGAACUUCAAAUUAGUCAGACAUGUCUCCUUUGUUGACUGUCCAGGCCAUGAUAUUUUGAUGGCCACUAUGCUGAACGGUGCAGCAGUGAUGGAUGCAGCUCUUCUGUUAAUAGCUGGUAAUGAAUCUUGCCCUCAGCCACAGACUUCGGAACAUCUGGCAGCCAUAGAAAUCAUGAAGCUGAAGCAUAUUUUGAUCUUACAGAAUAAAAUUGAUUUGGUUAAAGAAAGUCAGGCUAAAGAACAGUAUGAACAGAUUCUUGCAUUUGUACAAGGCACGGUGGCAGAAGGCGCUCCUAUUAUUCCCAUUUCUGCUCAGCUGAAAUACAAUAUUGAAGUUGUCUGUGAGUACAUAGUAAAGAAAAUACCAGUACCCCCAAGAGACUUUACUUCAGAACCCCGACUUAUUGUUAUUAGAUCAUUUGAUGUCAACAAACCUGGCUGUGAAGUUGAUGAUCUUAAGGGAGGUGUUGCUGGUGGUAGUAUUCUAAAAGGAGUAUUAAAGGUGGGCCAGGAGAUAGAAGUGAGACCUGGUAUUGUUUCCAAAGAUAGUGAAGGAAAACUCAUGUGUAAGCCCAUCUUUUCCAAAAUUGUAUCACUUUUUGCAGAACAUAAUGAUCUUCAGUAUGCCGCCCCAGGGGGUCUUAUAGGAGUUGGAACAAAGAUCGAUCCCACUUUGUGCCGAGCUGACAGAAUGGUGGGGCAGGUUCUUGGUGCAGUUGGGGCUUUACCUGAGAUAUUCACAGAAUUGGAAAUAUCCUAUUUCCUACUUAGACGGCUCCUAGGUGUCCGCACUGAAGGAGAUAAGAAAGCAGCAAAAGUACAAAAGCUGUCGAAGAAUGAAGUGCUUAUGGUCAACAUAGGAUCCCUGUCGACAGGAGGGAGAGUUAGUGCUGUCAAGGCUGAUCUGGGUAAAAUCGUCUUGACUAAUCCUGUGUGCACAGAAGUAGGAGAAAAAAUUGCCCUUAGUCGAAGAGUCGAGAAACACUGGCGUUUAAUUGGUUGGGGUCAGAUAAGAAGAGGAGUGACAAUCAAGCCAACUGUGGAUGAUGACUGAAGAAUCCCAGCUAACUAAGUCAUUUGAACAGAGUUGAAAUUUGUCUUAACAAUGUAGGGUAUAUUUUCAAAGCAAUACUAGGGAAUUAAUUUCACAGCUCAUUACCUUUGUAGGUAACUGUAAGGUUUUUCUCAUCAUUUGGCAUCAAAAAUUUAAUCUCUAGUACUAACAAUAUGGGGUAUACAACAAAUGUCAAAAUCUCCUAUUGCUGGAUUGAAACUACAUUUUAGCAGAACAUUCCCAAGUAUCUAGAUCAAUGCAGGUUUAAAAAAAUUUUGCCACCAGCCUUCAUUGUAGCUCAUAUACCAAUGAACUUGUCUGAGCUAAACAAUUUUUCUUUCUUUUUCAUGCUUCUUGAGUAGCUCCAGGCUGAAGGACUGUUGUACCAGUAAAAGCUGGAAGAUAAAUUCUCAAAGACCAGCUUCCCUUUGGCCCAUUAUUUUAUAUUGCUUUUUCUUUGAAAUUUUAAGUGAAAAGAAAAUGAGUAGGGUCAAUUGAAAUUGACCACUAAAGUCUGAGUACCUGACUCCAUACACAAACGUUCUCCCUUAACUCUUUUCCUGGAACGAAAUGGAGGAAAUCAGAGCCAGAAGUUCUUAACUUCUUCCAUUGCCAUGAGGUUAUUCCUUCCUUGGUUACCUGUAAUCUGACAGUCUUCCUCUGUUGGCAAAUAGUAUAUGCAGAGGUGAGGAACAGCAGGCCAUACAAAACCCUUGAAAUCAUGAAUUCAUUUGGUAGGGGAUGGGACAUGUACAUGAGCUUUUUGUAUGCUUUGUGAUGGCUGCCGGAAGCUCUGUACCUGAGUUGAUCAUUUUGUGUGGCCCUCAAUGAUAGAAAUAUCCAAAUGCCCUUGGCAGUAAAAACUUCUCCCACCUCUGUGUUAAGUGAUACUAGAUGACUAGUAAAAGAGCCUUUUAGGCUAUAUUUUCUAUUUUGUUUUUGGGGAGCUGGGAAUUGAGCUCAGGGCCCC